AUGAAGUCAGCUGACCUCAGUUUGCUGCUGUCACGCACUACAGCGCGCAUCGUUUUCUCUCGAAGCAAGACAGCAAAACCGCAGCUUCGUGACCUCACGAAGCAUUGAAAUAUUUGUCCUUCCAGUUUAAAUCCAGUGACAAUGGACACAUCCAAGCUGCCUAAAAUCCGGGAUGAGGACCGGGAAAGCCAGUUUGGAUACGUGCAUGGAGUCUCCGGACCAGUGGUGACGGCGACCGCCAUGGCAGGGGCGGCCAUGUACGAGCUGGUUCGCGUGGGUCACAGCGAGUUGGUGGGAGAGAUUAUCCGACUGGAGGGAGACAUGGCCACCAUCCAAGUCUAUGAGGAGACAUCCGGCGUGUCGGUCGGCGAUCCGGUGCUACGUACCGGGAAGCCUCUUUCUGUGGAGCUGGGUCCGGGAAUCAUGGGCUCCAUUUUUGACGGCAUCCAGCGGCCCCUGAAGGACAUCAACGACCUUACGAAAAGCAUCUACAUCCCAAGAGGAGUCAACAUUGGAUCGCUCAACAGAGAUAUCAAAUGGGAGUUCUCACCCGUUAAGAGUCUGCGGGUCGGCAGUCACAUCACAGGUGGAGACAUCUACGGAAUGGUGUUUGAGAAUUCUCUUAUUAAGCACAAGAUCAUGCUUCCACCCAAAAACAGAGGCACCGUAACUUACGUGGCUCCACCAGGACACUAUGACCUCUCUGAUGUAGUGAUGGAGCUCGAAUUCGAAGGUGUGAAGGAGAAGUUCACCAUGGUCCAAGUGUGGCCUGUCAGACAAGUGCGGCCAGUCACGGAGAAGCUUCCUGCUAAUCACCCGCUGCUUACCGGACAGAGAGUCCUGGACGCCCUUUUCCCGUGCGUCCAGGGAGGAACCACAGCCAUCCCUGGCGCUUUUGGCUGUGGGAAGACUGUCAUCUCUCAGUCGCUUUCCAAGUACUCCAACAGCGACGUCAUCGUCUAUGUCGGCUGUGGGGAGCGCGGUAACGAAAUGUCGGAAGUGCUGCGAGACUUCCCUGAGCUGACAAUGGAAGUGGAUGGUAAGACUGAGAGCAUCAUGAAGCGGACGGCGCUGGUUGCCAACACCUCCAACAUGCCCGUAGCUGCCCGAGAAGCCUCCAUCUACACAGGCAUCACACUUUCUGAGUAUUUCCGAGACAUGGGAUACAACGUCAGCAUGAUGGCCGACUCCACGUCCCGAUGGGCCGAAGCUCUCAGGGAGAUUUCGGGACGUUUAGCUGAGAUGCCUGCUGAUAGUGGCUACCCGGCCUACCUGGGCGCCCGUCUGGCCUCUUUCUAUGAACGGGCCGGAAGGGUGAAGUGUCUGGGCAACCCCGAGAGGGAAGGCAGCGUCAGCAUCGUUGGAGCUGUCUCGCCCCCUGGUGGUGACUUCUCUGACCCCGUUACCUCAGCCACACUUGGUAUCGUCCAGGUGUUCUGGGGUCUGGAUAAGAAGCUGGCUCAGAGAAAACACUUCCCCUCGGUCAACUGGCUCAUCAGUUACAGCAAGUACACGCGUGCCCUAGACGAGUACUACGACAAACAUUUUGCCGAGUUUGUGCCGCUGCGCACCAAGGCUAAAGAGAUCCUACAGGAGGAGGAAGACCUGGCUGAGAUCGUGCAGCUUGUCGGGAAGGCGUCACUGGCGGAAACGGAUAAGAUCACUCUGGAAGUGGCCAAGCUGAUUAAAGACGACUUCCUGCAGCAGAAUGGCUACACACCUUACGACAGGUUCUGUCCCUUUUACAAGACUGUGGGGAUCCUAUCCAACAUGAUCGCGUUCUAUGACAUGUCACGCCAUGCAGUGGAAACCACAGCGCAGAGUGACAACAAGAUUACUUGGGCAAUGAUCCGGGAGCACCUGGGAGAAAUACUAUAUAGGAUCAGCUCCAUGAAAUUUAAGGACCCGGUGAAGGACGGCGAGGCCAAGAUAAAGGGCGAGUACGCACAGCUGCUGGAAGACAUGCAGAACGCCUUCCGUACUUUGGAAGAAUAG